UUUCUGGUUUAUGACUGUACACCACCCAGCAUUGCAGCAAUGACCUGCUUGUGGCAUAUAUAAAAGCAUACGUGGCAUAUCAGAGAACUCGCGUUCGAAAUUCUGUACCAAUUAUGAGCCGGAACGAUACAACUACGCGCAUUGCGCACGUCUUCAGUGGAACAUUUGUGCACUCCACACCAAGCGCAGCUGUAGAAAUACUACAGGACUGUGUCUUAGGAGUCGACGAUGAGGGGAAGAUUGCCUUUUUUGAAAAAGAGCCAGAUGUGGUCAGCCUCUCAAAAAUAUGGGGGUUUGAAAAUGCAGAAAUUAAAGUGCUUGAACAACAUGAGUUCCUUAUGCCAGGAAUGAUUGAUACACACAUCCAUGCAUCUCAGUAUAGCUACUCUGGCACUGCCUUAGAUCUGCCUUUACUAGAGUGGCUUAGCACUUACACUUUCCCUGUAGAAGCCAAGUAUAAAGACCUGGACUUUGCCAACAAUGUCUACACUAAAGUUGUGAGAAGAACUUUAAAGAAUGGCACCACUACUGCUUGUUACUUUGCCACAAUACACACUGAUGCUACCCUUCUGCUUGGAGAGCUUGCAGAUAAGUUUGGACAGAGAGCUUUAGUGGGCAAAGUUUGCAUGGACUGCAAUUCUGCAGUUCCGCAGUAUAAAGAAAGCUCAAAUGAAUGUAAAGAGGAGACAGAUCGUUUCAUCAUAGAGCUUCUCAAAAAGGAGUACCCGAAUGUUAAGCCUGUGGUCACUCCUCGAUUUGCUCUGACGUGCUCUGCUUCAUUGCUCAGCGAACUGGGUGCAAUUGCCAAUAACAGCAAGCUUCACAUUCAGAGUCACAUCAGUGAGAACAAAAAGGAAGUGGAGCUUGUGAAGACAUUGUUCCCAGAUUGCAAAUCCUAUACUGAUGUUUACCUCAAGCAUAACCUGCUCACGGAUAAGACUGUAAUGGCCCAUGGCUGUCAUCUAACUGAUGAAGAACUAAAGAUCUUCCAUGAAAGAGGAUCCGCGAUCUCUCACUGUCCUAACAGUAACAUCUCCAUUUGUAGUGGUUUGCUGAAUGUGCGCAAUGUUUUAAACCACAAAGUGAAAUUAGGUUUAGGGACAGACAUUGCAGGAGGAUACUCUCCAUCCAUACUGGAUGCAAUGCGAAGAACUCUGGACACAUCUAAAGCCCUGACUAUCCAGGACUCUCAGCAUCAGACUCUAACCUUUGAAGAGGUUUUUAGACUGGCUACACUUGGUGGUAGUGAGGCUCUUUCAUUGGAUGAUCAGAUUGGAAACUUUGUUGUGGGGAAGGACUUUGAUGCCCUGAGAGUGAAUGUUUGCGUUCCUGAUGGACCGAUCGAUUUGUUUCCUGGAGAUGGCCCCAAGGUCAUUUUGGAGAAGUUUUUAAAUUUGGGUGACGAUCGAAAUAUUACUGAAGUCUAUGUGGCUGGAAGACAGGUGGUUCCAUUUUUGGAUACAUAGUUUUGGAUGCAUGGAGUCUUUCUUGGAUCUAUCCUGGAUGAUAUUGUCACCAAAAAUAUAAAAUUGAAGGCUGGUGUUUAGAUUGAUGUUUAGGCUUCUGCUCAGGAUUGUAUGUAUUUAGAAAAGGAAAAUGGAGAUAUUAAUGACACUUAUAGAUUUGUAUUAUUUAGUUAUCAUCUUGGCAAAGGUUUUGCUUUGGUAAAAAUCUUGCUUUAUACUCAGUCAUACUCAGAUCGUAUUCAGAUUAUCUAUCUAUCUAUCUAUCAAUCAAUCUAUCUAUCUAUCUAUCAAUCAAUCAAUCAAUCAAUCAAUCAAUCAAUCAAUCAAUCAAUCAAUCAAUCAAUCAAUCAGUCAAUCAAUCAGUCAAUCAAUCAGUCAAUCAAUCAGUCAAUCAAUCAGUCAAUCAAUCAGUCAAUCAAUCAGUCAAUCAGUCAGUCAAUCAGUCAGUCAAUCAGUCAGUCAGUCAGUCAGUCAGUGUUGUAUAAAGUGUCCACUUGUCAUACUUAAGUAAAAGUAAAGUUACCUUCAUGGAAAUUGACUCAAGUCAAUUGGUAAAGUAUGACAAAAGGUAAAGUAUCUCUCGAGAAUGUAACUGAUAUUAAACUC